UUAAGCGGUCACAGCCCGCAAUCCCGGAACGAAGACCGAAUGAAGAUGGAAGCCUCUGCAGCAGUUACAGCACGCCGCUGGAGAGUUUUGUUACAAGGUGGUGAAAUUCACAUGCAAGCCACACCCAUGUUUGUAUAACCCUGACUUCUAACAUGGAAUCAAAAACUAAGAGCCUUCAACAAGUGAGAAAUAAGGUUGCCUCGGCACACAAUGAUUGUUCCCCAGCUGAAAAGCUGCAGUUCUACAACCAAUGGGCCACCCAGUAUGAAGAGGAUGUCUUUGUACUGAAUUAUAAAGCCCCUCAUUUGGCUGCAGCUGCCUUAGCCUCUGUGUGUACUGUAAACUGUGAUUCAAAGCUGGUGCUGGAUGUGGCAUGUGGAACUGGACUUGUAGCUGAAGAGCUGCAGCGUUUCGGCUUUACCUUAUUUCAUGGCUUGGAUGGCAGUACAGGAAUGUUGGAAGUUGCCAAGAAUAAACAGCUGUAUCAAGAAUUAAAACUGUGUAUGCUGGGACAGGAUUCCCUUCCAUUUGAUUCUGAUAAAUAUGAUGCUGUUAUUAUAGUAGGAGCUCUGAGUGAUGGACAGGUCCCCGUGACCGUGGUCUUGGAACUGCUUCGUGUCACUAAACCUGGUGGUUUGGUAUGCCUCACAACUCGCAGUAACGUCUCCAACCUGAUGUACAAAGCUAACCUAGAGGAAGUCAUGUCUGAUAUGGAAAGCAAAGGACACUGGGAACAGAUAUCUGUACAGGAAGUGGAGCAGUGGGAAAAGGCUAUAUCAGAAAAGGAAGUCUCCUCGAAAUCUGAUUACAUACCUGGUGUCAUAUAUAUUUACAGAAAAAAAAAUUGACCUUUGAUAUGACAUUGAUUUUAAAUAGCAUAAUGUAAACAAUAAUGUAUAUUUUUGUAAUAUCAUUAUUUGAUAAAUAUAAAUAUAUUUGGACAGUCAACAGAUUUUGAACAUUCAACAUCUAGAGAGAUUUGGAGGAAUGAUUUAAUUUUAAGGUUUUACUGUGGAUUGGAAUUAUAGAGAUUUUGAAAAUAAAUUGUAAGUUCUGUCUAAA